AUGACCAAAGAGAACAAAGCCUUAGGAACACCCUUAAAGCAUCUGGAGAAAGUAGCCAUAGGAGCAACCUCAAAACAUCUAGAAAACAUAGCCAUAGGAGCACCUCUAAAACAUCUAGAGAACAAAACCGUAGCAGCACCCUUAAAGCAUCUGGAGAAAGUAGCCAUAGGAGCAACCUCAAAACAUCUAGAAAACAUAGCUAUAGGAGCACCUAUAAAACAUCCAGAAGACAAAGCCACAGCAGCACCCUUAAAGCACCUAGAGAACAAAGCCGAAGGAACAUCCUUAACACAUCUAGAGAACAAAGCCAUAGGAGCACCUCUAAAACAUCCAGAAGACAAAGCCACAGCAGCACCCUUAAAGCACCUAGAGAAAGUAGCCAUAGGAGCAGCCUCAAAACAUCUAGAGAACAAAACCGUAGCAGCACCCUUAAAGCAUCUACAGAAAGUAGCCAUAGGAGCAACCUCAAACAUAGCCAUAGGAGCACCUCUAAAACAUCCAGAAGACAAAGCCACAGCAGCACCCUUAAAGCAUCUAGAGAACAAAGCCGAAGGAACACCCUUGACACAUCUAGAGAACAAAGCUCAGGGAGCACUUCUAAAGCAUUUAAAUAACGAAGAACAUUAA